GAUUUUUUACGUGCAGUGAGAACGUCCCUUUUAUCUAUGUUUUCGUUGCAACUCACUGUAAUUGUGUCUAUAAAAUGUUUGACUUCUGCUAGAAAUAGUUGGUUGGUUUUAGUUUGUGUUGAGGAUCUUCAUAAAAAGGACUGCUUUUGUAUGAGUCAAAAAAUCGAGAAACCAACAUUAUCAGGGCAAAGAAUAAAGACCCGUAAAAGAGAUGAGAAAGAGAAGUACGACCCUACGGGUUUUCGAGAUUCCAUUAUUCAAGGUCUUGACGACAGUGGAUCUGACUUAGAUUUAGUUUUUAAAUUCCUAGACUCUGCUGGGUCAAAGUUGGAUUAUAGACGUUACGGAGAGACAUUAUUUGAUAUUCUUCUUGCUGGUGGUAUAUUAGCUCCCGGAGGUACACUAGCUUUGGAUGUGGAUCCUCUUAAGGUAUCACGAACUGAUGUUUGUAUUUUCAAUGCUGGAGACGAUUUGGAAUCUCUAAAAAACUAUGCUCAAGUUCUCACAAAGUUGAUAAGACGUUACAAGUAUUUGGAGAAAACUUUGGAAGAUGAAUUUAAAAAGGUAUUAGUAUUUUUAAAAGGAUUCACUCUUAGCCAGCGUUACAAAUUGGCCAAAGUUACUGCGAUACUUCUUGCUGGUGGACAAAUUCCUCCUUCUGUUCUUUCUAAAGUUUUACAAGACCAUUUAGUGAAAGAUGGUGUGGCUUUGGAAUUCAUCACUGAAGUUUUCAAAACUUGGCUUCAUGAGAGAGACAGUAUUACAGUAUGGGCUUCUCUUAGAAAAGCCGGGCUAGAUUCUCGUUUAAUGGAAUUUUUCCCUGCAAGCAAAAGAAAUAUUGAAGUUUUGAACAGCACUUUUAAAACAAACGGAUUAAGCCAGUUACUAGAAUUCUUGAAAGCUCAAGAAAAUCAAAGUGUCAAAAAAGAGCUUCAAUUGCAUAUUGGAUUGUUGCUAAAAGAUGGUGCUCAGGUGAAAGAGAUUACUCCAAUUAUAAAGGAACAAAUGAAAAAGCACUCCAUUCCUGAGCAUGAAAUUGCUGUUUUGCUGUGGAUCUCAUUGAUGGCUAUGAUGGAAUGGAACAAAAAAGAAGAAUUAGUCCCUGAACAAGCAGUGAAACAUUUGCGGCAAUAUACUUCUCUCUUGUCUGCAUUCACUCGAAAUGCUAAAUCUGAACUUGCUCUACUUGUCAAAAUGCAAGAAUAUUGCUAUGAUAACAUGAAUUUUUUGAAAGUAUUUGAAAAAAUGGUUGUUCUCUUCUAUAAAACUGAAGUUUUGAGUGAAGAUGUGAUACUGAAGUGGUAUAAAGAAGCUCAUUCUCCUAAAGGGAAAAGUAUAUUUCUGGAUCAAACCCGUAAAUUCAUAGAAUGGUUACAAAAUGCUGAAGAAGAAUCUGAAGGAGAAGAUUAAUAUCAUCAAUUUCAACACACAGACUGCAAUGAAGUGUUUGAAGACUUAUUUUAAAGUAAAUUCUUUUAUAUUUACUAACAAACAAAAAAAAUAUUGUACUAUUCUUUUUAGAAAAUAUCAUCAUGCUGAAGCAUUUCAUCUUUUAAAAACCAAAAAAUCAUUAUACAUGUAGAAUUUAUUUUUCUAUUGGUAGUUCUGGUAUAAAUAUGUGAUGUUAUAUACUAUGACAUUUUUAAAAAAGAUGUUCUAUAAUAUUUUAAAACUGAAUGAAUUAUCACCAGUAAUAAAAGCAUUUGCUUUUUAAAAGAAAAGUGCAUAUCACUUUUCAAUUUUUUUUAAUAUUUAUUUAUAUCCAAUCCUGGUGGUUUUACUUUUGAUGUGUCCGAAAAAGAAAAGGCAUAGUUAAUGGCUUUUUGCCGUAUUUUAUUACCUACAGACAACAAUAGAAUUUGUAUUUUAUUAUGGUUUAUUAUGUUUUAAAUUGUUAUGUAUACUUAAUACUUUGUGAUAUAUUUUUACUAAAAAGCAUCUGUGACUUGUUUUAAUUUAUUCUAAGUGCUAUAUGGAAUAGUGACUUAUGUUGUUUAAAACUUUAAUUUUUUUAAUAGAGAAAUAGAUGGUGUUAUGCUGUUUAAGAUUAUAUUUGAAAUAUAUAUUAGUAGAGGAAAUAAAGUGUGAAUAUUAUUCUCUGGUAAUCAGAGCCUGUUAAUGUGUAAUAGUUCACAUUUAACUUUGUUAAACUUGAGUGAUGUUAAAACGUUCCAUAUCAAUAAAAAGUUUGUUUUCA